ACAACAACAUAUGCUUAGAAAACUUGUUAAAAUCAAAAUCUUGAGGAUUUGGAUGGGACCACAUUGUACAAAGGAAAAUAUUUUAAUUAUUCACAAAAACUGAAAUUUCAUCAUAAUUACAUGGUUUUACUUAUGUGCAAGCCUUUUGACAUAUUGACGAUUCUUAAAAAUUGUUUAGACUCUGGCCCCUGGCCGAUUCUUGUGCCUCACAAGAGGUUCAGAGUUUGAUGUAGGUAACACUUUAGGAUCAAUUUUAGAACUGCAAUGCUCAACAUGUGAUUUGACUAUAAACUCAUCCUGUCAGAAAAGGGACUUGAAUAUAAACUUAAAAAUGUCAAGGGGGGAAAAUGGAUUUUUAUUUUUUCAGGAUCUACAUGCAUUAUACCACAUUGUUCAGAUAUUUUGUAUUAUGACUCCAUAAAGCUGAUUUUAUCAUGCCUACUGUUGCUCAGGUGAGCGAUGUGGCCCAUGGGCCUCUUGCUUUCUAUGCUUUUAGUGUGGGUGCUCGUAGUUUUUCUGGAAGAAGAUGUGCUGAGUCAUCCGAUACGUCUGGAAGAGGUACAGGACUUGAUUGGGCGUAAUGGAGUCGAGGCUGAUCUUCAGGAAAGGGAUGAGUGCCUGGCCAGAUAUUAUGUUGGGGACCAAUUGCGCGCUGCUCUAAUUUACAAACGAUCAGAGAAUCUUGAGGAGCUGAAAAAGGAAUAUGAGAAAGUAAUGGAGAUGAUAAAACAGAAACCUAAAGAAAAGAGUAAAUUUUGGCGUUACUCUAGGGUGAUAGGUGGUGGUGUGUUGGUUGGUGGUUUGGCGGUGGCAGCAGCACCAUUCGCCUUGUCUGCGGCAGGUUUCUCCACUGGUGGCAUUGUGGCAGGUUCCCUUGCUGCGCGGUUGAUGUCUAUGGCCGCCAUUGCAAAUGGUGGUGGUGUGGCGGCAGCAAGUACCGGGGGGUGGAUUGCGGCUUUUCAAUCUGCUGGAGCUGCUGGGAUAUCAGCAUCUACAAAUUUUCUGAUUGGCUCAACGGCUGGCACGUUGGGUGGUUUUUUUGCCUCUCGGUUUGGUAAAAGGAGUACUUCUAAGCAAGGAAAGUUCCCAGACAAAUCGGAGGGGUUACCAACUGGAAAUAGAACUCGCCCAACAGACAACGAGACCUCAAGUGAUCCGUCUUUGGAAGAAUCCAGGAAAACCACUGAUUUAUUUGUGGACAUAAAACAAUCUAAUAGUCUUCCAACAUCCAAGACAGAAAGUUGCUCUUCCCUGGACUCUACAGAUCAAAACCAAGAUGAAGAGUACUUGAGUGCUGACUUCCAAAACAUUAGCUUGAAUGCAGAUGAAGCUGAGCAAUUAUAUCGUCAGAACCAGCAACUUCAGGAAGAGAAGCAGUGUAAGAUCUGCUUGGACAGUGAGAUGGACACUUUGUUUGAACCCUGUGGUCACCUGUGUACCUGUAGAUCCUGUGCAAGCAUGUUACGAGUGUGUCCCAUCUGUAGAAAACACAUCAAAAAGCUACACCAAGUUUACAGGUCCUAGGUACUCUGCAGUUCUGCACAUUUGGCAUCGUGCUUGAUUGAUGUUUUAUAUAUAUAUAUA